AUGUGUUACAUUUACGACAGUAAAGGGUGGACCUUUCCGGUGAAGGUCCACCCUCUACAGUGCAUCGGCGAUCAGUUUAGUCAAGAGACGGAGUACAGCGUGAGCGCACAGAGAGUGGUCUCCUGCAGCAAUGGCGUUGGCAUAGCGCGUUUCAACGUUUCAGCUUCCGAGCCGAAGCCCAUUAACUGUACGCUCAGUUGUGUAGAGUAUGCACGAGAUGACUGCGAAGUCACAGCGGAAGGAGGCUACCCACCAUCUCCAAUCUCUGUGCCCUCUUGCACCAUCAGUGAAGUGUCAUAUGAUGUGGUUUGCCGCUGGGACCAGGGCAGAGACCCACUCAUUGACACCAACUACAUCCUGCACUGGAAAGAAGUGGAGUCAGGGUUUUCAGGUUCAGUAAACACCAUCGAUGGGACUGCGAAAAUUCUCCGUGCACAAUAUUCUCUAAGCGCUGAAAUGGUGGUAUGGGUGACCGCAGAAAAUGUUUUGGGGUCCCAGAUGUCUGAGGAAGCAAGUUUUAAUACUGCUAACAUUAUUCCGUUUUCACCUCCCAAUGUCACUUGCAUGUCUGUCAGUGACGGCAUCGAGGUCACCUGGUACAUGCCUUACCCAGAGACCUUGCAAUGGUGUGACACGAGGUGCCAGCUUCAGUAUCACGUUCAGGGAGACAAGGCGUGGAAUGAGAUUGAGGAUGAGUGCCAGGGCAGUUUUACGUUGGAGAAAACUCGACCUUUCACCACGUACGAAUUCCGCGUUCGCUGUUGCUGCGCCAACGAAGAUACGGGUAUGAGUGGCUGGAGCGAAGUUUGUACGAUAUUGAGCCAAGAGGCAGUUCCUUUGGGAGUACUGGAUGUCUGGACAAAUUGUCGGGCAGAUUCAGCAGUUUUACCAUGUCAUAUCCUGUGGAAGGAGAUGCCUAUAUCGCAGUCCAGAGGUCAAAUACAAGGUUAUGUGGUUAGCAUGAUGCACAGGGACGGAGGCUUUACCCAGAAGAACCUGCUGAGAGAUGAGCAGGGCUGUACAGACCGGGGCAGCUCUUCACGAAUCUGCAGUUUCAAUGUUACCUCUCAGGAUCUGAGAGGAGUCAAAGUGUCAGCAUACAACAGAAAGGGGAACUCAGACCCUGCUCUGGUACCACUUCUUGAAAUGGCGCAAGAGCUUACAGCAGAGACGUGGUUGAAUGUAAGAGGAGAGGAGAAUCGUCUGCACGUGUCAUGGCAUGUACCCACAUCCCUCUCUGAAAAUGUAAAGGAGUUUGUGGUGCAGUAUGAGUCAAUCAACGCCACCCACUCUGUACCACAUCUGAUCAUGGACUGGAUAAAAGUGAACAAAACACAUAGCUCCACCAGUCUCACAGGUCAAUUCCAAAAAUAUAACCCAUACAAUGUUUCCUUGUUUGCUGUUUUCAACAAUCGCUUCACGUUACUGAAGUCUGCUAUUGGCUACACUCUCCAAGGAGUUCCCCCACAAGUCUCAGAAUUCCGAGUGGGGAAUAUCUCUCUCACUCACGUCAAUCUCACUUGGAAGCAGAUCAGCAUGAGAGACAGCCCAGGAGUUAUUCUGUGCUACGAACUCGGACUACGCGAUGAGGGAACCACAGUGUUUAAUGUGAGCAGUGAGCUGAACAGUUACCAGCUGUCUGAGCUGAAACCAAGGCACAAAUAUGAUGUGUGGAUCAGAGCCUGGACUGAGGCCGGACAUGGGCCCAAAACCACCUCCAGCUUCAAGACCACAGAUUCAUAUGAUCGCGUUUUGCUCUCCGUGGUAAUUGCCGUAAUAAUAUCGUUAACCGUGCUGAUGAGUGUGCCGAUCGCUUGCAUUUUCUGUUGUUACCCGAAGUUUAAGGAGUCAACAUUUUGCUGUGAGAAAAUUCCAGAUCCAAUAAACAGUGUGCUAUUCAAAGACAUAAGCAGUCAGAGUUCAAUUCCAAGCCUCUGUGCUCCUCUGGAAUCUUCACUCAAGAUUUCCAAACUUGAAGUCUUGGAGAACCUUAUUCUGGAUACCUCAUGUGUUCCCACGCAAACGGAGAACCGUCUUGACAAAGAGGAGGAGGAAGCACAAAGGCGAACGGCAGAAGGGGAGGAAAUGGUGAAACGCGGUGGGAGGGAGGACGAAAGCGUAAGUGAGAACUUCAGAGGAACGGAAAGACAACCACAUUCAAACUUGGACCGGAGGAAAGAGGGCUACAGCGAGAUGGUUGACACCGAGGAAGAGAAGAGUUACGACGAUGACGAUGAUGGGGGGGACGUUUCGUGGGGGAAUCAGUUUUCAGAUUAUGAGAGGCAUUUUAUGCCUGCUGUGGGAGAGGUAUAA